GACUGUAAUUUAUACAUGAGAUACUGGUAUAUUCUGUUCUCGUUUCACAACCCAACGCAACCUGCUUCUGUUCCAGCUUUGACUUCAGAAUCUAUUUCUUCAUUUCGAGUGGUUAUGGCGGUGGUUUACGACGAUGAUCCCAUGGUGGUUCCCAACCUCUCUCCACCCAAUACCUAUGAAGCCGUCGUCAAUGGUGGCACCUUUGACCGAUUGCAUGACGGCCAUCGCCUCUUUCUCACCGCUUCAGCUCAAUUGGCAAGGAACCGGAUUGUGAUUGGAGUUUGCGAUGGACCUAUGCUUGAAAAGAAACAGUUUGCUGAACUCAUACAACCAAUUGAGACGAGGAUACAAAAUGUCAAAACUUUCAUAAAGUCUAUCAAGCCAGAGCUGGAAGUGCAAGCUUUACCAAUCACUGAUCCGUAUGGCCCUUCCAUUAUAGAUGAAAAAUUGGAGGCUGUGAUUGUGAGCAAAGAGACUUUACCUGGUGGGUUGGCAGUAAACAGAAAAAGAGCAGAAAGAGGCCUUUCGCAGUUGAAGAUUGAAGUUGUAGAUUUGGUCUCUGGAGAAUCAGGUGAAAUUAAGCUGAGUUCAUCAAUGUUGCGAAAGCUUGAGGCUGAAAAAGCCCAUAAAUCAAGCACAAUACCACAGACAUCACAUAGUAGUAACAAAGAUUUGUAGAUAUAUACAAAAACAAAGAUACAAUGUAAGAUGUCCAUUAAAAUGAAUGAUUUGAUGACAAAAUCCUUUUUAAGUUAUGUUGAACUGAAGAAACAAGCACAAAAAGACAUAGAACGAGAUCUGGACAUUGAAGCAGGGACACUCAACCCAACACAAGACCCUAACCUCUCUCAAUUCUUCCAAGAAGUUGAAGCACUCAAGGUUGAAAUGGAAGAGAUCACCAAUCUCUUAUUAGAUCUUCAACAACUAAAUGAAGAGACAAAAUCCACUCAUAGUGCUAAAAUUCUACGAGGGCUAAGAGACCGAAUGGAUUCCGAUAUGGUUGCCGUGCUUCGCAAGGCAAAUAUAAUCAAGGCAAGGUUAGAGGCACUUCAAAAAUCUAACAUUGUGAAUCGAAGCAUAUCAGAAUGCUACAAAGAAGGGAGCCCUAUUGAUAGAACAAGAGUGUCUGUCACAAAUGGUUUGAAGGUUAAGCUUAGGGACAUGAUGAAUGAUUUUCAGUCCUUAAGGGACAAGAUUGUGUUGGAUCAUAAGGAAGAUUUGAAGAGAAGGUACUAUACGGUAACGGGCGAGGUACCUAGCGAUGAGGUUAUGGAGAAGAUGAUAUCAGGGAGUCUAAAAGUUGAGUUUUUGGCUGGGAAAACAGAUGCUGAUAUGGGUACUCAAGUUAGGCAUGAGGCAGUGAUGGAUAUUCAGAGGAGUUUGAAUAAGCUUCAUCAGGUUUUUCUUGAUAUGGCUAUUUUGGUUGAGACUCAAGGAGAAAAAGUGGAUAACAUUGAGGAUAAUGUGGCAAAUGCUGGUCACUACAUCCAUGGUGGAACUAAUAGUCUUUAUUAUGCAAGCCAGAUGAAGAAGAGGAACAGGAAAUGGUUCUAUUGGGUUUUGGCUGUGAUGUUUAUUGUACUGCUGGUGUGUAUCAUUGCAAUGUUUGCUUCUUGAAUGGAGCUAGCUAUU